UUUCCUCCUUUUAAUAUAAAAAACAGAGGAGCACCGUAUAGUUUUUCUUCCCCCCUUUUUCUAAUAAAUUUCUCAAGAACACAAUCAUUCAUUCAUUUCAUCCCAUAGAAAGAGACGGAGAGAGAGGGGAGAGAGAGAGAGAGAUCUUCUGGUUUGAAGCUUUUUCUGUGAGACCCAGAAGGAGAAAAGCAGAGAAUGAACAGAAUAUAGAGUGGGAGAAGAAAGAGGACAGAGAGGAGGAGGGAGGGGGAAUUGAUUAAAGGGGGUUGGGGGGGUGGGGGCUGAGUUCUGAGGUCUUUGUUGAAAUCAUCUUGGCAUUGACUCUUACAAUCAAUCAGGUCAACCCGGUAGAAACAGAUUGAUGAUCAAUUGGACUGCGACUGCCUUUUUCGUUUCGUGAUCUGCAAGUGAGAUUUUAUCUGAUGAUUUGGUUCAAUUUCCCUUGGUUGUAGGCCGGGCCAUCCUGACUGACCAUGAGUGGGAUGGAUGAUAAUGUCGUGAUAAUCGAAGAGUGGGUGCCUCCUAGCCCUAGCCCAAGAACCUUCUUUUCGGCAAUGUUAGGUGACGACAUUGGCUCAAGAUCAAUUCCUGAUCCUCCUUCUCAGAAUGAGACAGAAGGGUUUGUUAUGGGACCGAAAGACAAGUCAGUGGUGGGGAAUUCCGACAAGAAAGGCACUACUUCCAUGGAUCAUUUUGCUGAGUUCGGUUCCUUCUCCGAGCUAAGAUCUGCCCCUCGUGGAGGUCUCGGUGACCGAAUAGCAGCAAGGGCUGGGUUCAAUGCUCCGAAGUUGAACACUGAGGGGAUUAGGCCUAAUGAUGUUCUGAACCCCGAAGCUCGGUCUCCUUUCUUGAUGCUCUCACCUGGUUUAAGUCCUACAACGCUGCUUGAGUCUCCCGUUUUCCUCUCAAAUUCAUUGGCCGAGCCUUCUCCUACGACAGGGAAGUUCCCUUUUCUCCCAAAUGGAAGCAACCGGAGCUCAAGAUUGGUGUCAGACUGCCCUGAUAAAAUCAAAGAGAACAGCCUUUUCGAGGACAACGAUUCUUCAUCGUUUGCUUUCAGGCCUGGUGCAGAACUAAGUCCCUCCUUUUUCGGCAGUGAGCCUAAAGUAACACCGACAUUUCCCCAGCAAUCCUUCCAGAGAAUGGAGGUUUCAGCCCAGUCGAAUACUUCUUUUCAAUUACACAAUGCCGAACAGCCCAAACUCCAACCCCAGGCAGAUUUCUCUAGUUUGUUGAUGGAAAAAGAUGCAGGCAAUAAUAACAAUGGUGCUGUUCCAUCAGAUCAGAGGAUGUCAGAUAAUACUGUUGUUGGAGCUGAUCACUCUUCGCCACUCGAUGAGCCACAAGACGAGGAAGGGGAUCAGAAGGCCAAUGGAGAUUCCGCCAUUGGGGGUGGCGGGUCCCCAUCUGAUGAUGGAUAUAACUGGAGAAAGUAUGGGCAGAAGCAAGUUAAAGGCAGUGAGUACCCGAGAAGUUACUACAAGUGCACUCACCCAAAUUGUCAAGUAAAGAAGAAAGUGGAACGGUCCCAUGAGGGACACAUCUCUGAGAUCAUUUACAAGGGGACCCACAAUCAUCCCAAGCCUCCUCCGAGCCGCCGAGGGGUCAUUGGAGGUUCAGACAUUCCAGAGCAGGUGGGAGCACAGGGUGGCACCGAGGCUGACCAAGGUUGGGGCAACAACGUGCCUAAGACUUCCACUCCUGAGUGGAGGCAGGAUAACUUCGAGGUGACCUCAUCGCCCUCUGAAGGACCAGAGUUCUGCAACCCUAAUACUGGACUGCCAGCUCAGAAUGGAGCCCAGUUCGAGCCCGGGGAGGCCGUCGAUGCCUCAUCUACUUUCUCAAAUGAGUAUGAGGACGAUCAGGCAAAUGGCAGCAUCUCAUUGGGUUAUGAUGCGGAAGAAGAUGAAUCUGAGUCGAAAAGAAGGAAAAUCGAAGCUUAUCCAGCGGAUAUGAGUGGGGCCACAAGAGCUAUUCGAGAGCCUAGGGUUGUGGUCCAGACAACAAGUGAGGUGGACAUCCUCGAUGAUGGGUAUCGCUGGCGCAAAUAUGGGCAGAAAGUCGUGAAAGGAAACCCCAACCCUAGGAGUUAUUACAAGUGCACAAGCACAGGAUGUACAGUGAGGAAGCACGUGGAGAGGGCAUCCCACGACCUCAAAUCUGUGAUCACGACUUAUGAAGGGAAGCACAAUCACGAUGUCCCGGCUGCUCGGAAUAGCAGCCAUGGGAACUCCGGCCCUGGCUCAGCCCAGCCCAUUGCCUCAGGUGUUCAGGCCCAUGUCCACCGGCCUGAGCCUGCCCAAGCUCACAAUGGCAUUCCGAGGUUUGAUAGCUCCGGGCCUCUUCCCUCAUUUGGGCUGCCAGGGAGGCCACAUCUGCCCCCUCACGGGUUCUCUUUCGGGCUGAAUGCCCCGACUGGCCUGGAGAACCUCACGAUGGCCGGGCUGGGUGCUGCCCAUGGCAAGAUGGCGAUGCUGCCCAUUCACCCGUUCCUAGCAGCACAGCAGCAACAGCAGCAGCAGCAGCAGCAGCAGCAGCAACAGCAGCAGCAGCAGCAGCAUCAGCAUCAGCAUCGACAAGUCAGCGAGAUGGGCUUCAUGCUGCCAAAAGGGGAGCCCAAGCCUGAACCUGUCUCAGACACAGGCUUUAACCUAUCGAACAACUCUGCCGCCGCAGUCUACCAGCAGUUCAUGAGUACGCUACCGCUUGGGCCCCAGAUGUGAUGUAAAUUAUUUUUUACCCUCUCCUAAACCUUUUGAGGAAUAGAGAUAUAUUACUUUCACAUAUAUAUAAUAUAAUAUAAUAUGUAUGAAAUAUAUACAUAGGUGUUUUAAUAGGGGUACACUUUUGGAAUUCUCAUUAAAACUUGAGAACUGUUGUUUCUCUGGGUAUUUAUUAUGGGUAUAUAGCCAUCAGUAUCCUUUUGUUCCUCGUUGCUCUAA